AAAUAUCCUAAUAAAUGUAGAAGUAUGUUAUUUUAAAAGGCGAAGUGAUUAUAGUGCAUAUAAUAUUUUAAUUUUGAUUUAAAUAUGGAAUAUAUAUACCGUUUACCAUUUUUAGCAUUAGAAGUACCUAACUUAAAAUUAAAGAAGCCAUCAUGGUUUGUGAAACCUAGUGCUAUGAUAGUUUUUUCAUUUAUACUUUUAUCAUAUUUUCUAGUAACUGGAGGUAUAAUAUAUGAUGUAAUUGUGGAACCACCUAGUGUAGGCUCAACAACAGAUGAACAUGGCCAUACAAGACCUGUAGCAUUUAUGCCGUAUCGAGUAAAUGGGCAAUAUAUUAUGGAAGGAUUGGCAUCUAGUUUCCUUUUUACAUUAGGUGGAAUUGGUUUUAUAGUAUUAGAUCAAACACAUAAUCCAUCAACACCUAAGCUUAAUAGAAUUCUUUUAAUAUGUGUUGGAUUUAUUAGUGUUAUUGUCUCAUUUAUUACCUGUUGGGUUUUUAUGAGAAUGAAACUACCGGGAUAUCUGCAAUCAUAAAUUUAAUAGAUUUAAAAUAAUAUGGCAAAUUGAGCUUAAAACUCAAUAUUUUGUACUCAU